CUUUUCAGAAAAGAUACAAGGAGAAAAAUCUGUGAAAGCAGUGGGAAACAACCUUAAUGUGAGAGUUUUAUCUUGUUCACAAGUGAAAUUGACAUCACCAAAAGAAAUCCUCGUCAGCUAUACAUCGACUGAUUUUAAGUAGCUCGCAAAAAGUGAACAAGGAUACAAGUAAAAAUUGAAUAAGAUUUUGUCUAAAAAGAAAAGGAAAAUAAAACUUUCUUUACUUCCAUUGAUUAAUCAGAUCAAGCAUGCGGCAAAUAUGUAAUUAAUAAUUUAACAAACCGCGUAACAUCAAGCAAUUUGUACGAAACCUUUUUCAAACGCGAAAUGGAAAACAGAAUUCCUUCCUUCAUCAAUUACAAAUUAUUUGCCCGUGUUGAAGAAUAUAAAAUCCUAUCAUAUAAUAAACCAUCAAGCAACCUUGAGUAAAGGAAAGGAAGAGAUUAAAAAACCCAUCUCAUUAUACUCACAGCAUAAGUGACGGCAGCGAAGACGAAUACGUCAGAAAUCUUUCUUUUUCUCUUUAAGAUAAUUUCAAACGAUUAUAAGCGUAUAGUCAAAGCUUUAUGUUUGACACAAACAGCAUCUGAACGAGCACAAACACUUAAAGAUUAAAAACAGAGAACGAAGAGGAGGAAGAAGGAAACAUUUAAUUACAAAAUCUAAAGUUAACAUAAAGUUCACCUUAUUAAUUUUAAAAUGACAUAAGAAAAAAGCUCACAUGAGACUCGAACAUUAACGUGGAAAGGAAAAGCUAAUUAAUUUAGGAAAAUCGUUAAAUAUUUGAUGCGGAAGAGAGAAACUGUCACUGACUAAGUGAUUACGUAAAAGAAAACAAAAUCAAUUAAAAGUCACAUAAAAGGGCUUUGGAAGUAUUAUCAGAGCUUUGUUUGAGAUAGGAAGUGAUAGAGAGAAUAUUUGAAAGGUUGUGGCUACCUUGUUUGACAACAAACAGUGUUGUGAGUAAUUAAACCGCCAUCAACAAAGCGGAAGAGAAUGUUGCUAAUAUUGUAUAAUUAUUGGUAGAUGUUGACACGUUAACAUCACAGAUAAGGUCGUGAAAGUAAACAUAAAAUUUAAUUGAAGGAAGUUAAACUUCAUUUCUCAAAUUUACCCGCAGUGUGAAAAGCUUCUGAAUAAGCUUCUGAAGUAAAGAAAGAGGAAAUUUGGCAACAACGAACUGAAUAAAAAAGAGAGAAAAUAACUUGAUGCCCUUAUGACGAAUCCUAGAGUUUAACAUCUGUUGGCAAGGGCUACCCUCAAAAAGUGGAGAAGGGAGGAAAAACAUUUCUCAUCAUCAUCAUCAAUUUGCGAGUAGAAUAAAAGUGAAAGUUUAGCAAGAAAGCUUUUCCCAGGCUACAUUGAAACAUCGCCCUUUAAUAAAACUUAUGGUUGACAGAAGCAAAAUUUCUUCAACAGACAAAAAAUAAAAUAUAAAAGACGGGGGAAGAGAAAUAGGAAGAAGUAAAAAAAAAAAAGAAAUAAGCAGCAACAGAAGGAACUUUAAUGGUCAGACCGGAAGGAAAUGAUAAAAUCAUUAUUUUUCUAACAAUCCCGGUCCAAUAAGACACAAUCCGAUACAUCAAAACUUUUCAUUCGUUUUUCUGUCCCUCUUGGCCCUUCUUCUCAACAUUCAUUUCAAUCGUGAAACGACGGCUCGGUCAAACGGCUCACAAUUCAGUAAUCGAAUUUGUAACAGCAACAAAAAAGCCAUCAUCAACCAUCUACGAAAAAUCACAUCGACGGAAAAACGGGAGGGGAAGAAAGAAUUUUUGAAGACGAAAGAUUGUCAUUGUUCCCAUUCUUCUCUUAUUGUUUGAUGUUGUAAUGUGAAAUAAAAGGCUUCCAUAAAAUAUAUUAAAGAAGGAAAGAAAAAUAGCAAAGGUGAAGAAAAAAAAAGUUUGAAAAGUGAACAUUUAAAAACAUUUUUCUUUCGGGUCGGUGAACAUAUUUUCCUAAAACGUAGCAUCUGUUGAAGUGAAGCAUUUAAGCAAAAAUAUUCAAAAGAAAGAGUGUAAUAAAUAGCUUUAAUAAUACCUAAUGGAAAAACAAAGAAAGAGUUGUUAGAAUAAAUAUUUAUAAAUAUAAUCAAACAUCCUUUCUCGAUUUUCAAUAUUCGAUUUGAUAAAUCAGAGAAAAAAAAAAGUAAAAUUCGUCCGAGACCAAAAUUCAAGAAUGUCAUCAACAAUGAGGCACACAAUGAGUGAAUUCUAUUUGUGGAUAUUGAUAUUGUUUACACUCAACAAUAGCGUUCUAUUACAAAAGCCUAGUGGUGAGAAUCCAACGUUUUUCAAUAUCGGCGGUGUCCUAAGCAAUGGCGAGAGCGAGAAAAACUUUUCCGAGACAAUAGCUACAUUGAAUUAUGUACACCAGUAUGUGCCAAAAGGAACAACCUAUUUUGAUAAAACAAUACGAAUAGAUAAGAAUCCCAUUAAAACAGCUUUAAAUGUGUGCAAACAUUUGAUAUCAAAGCGUGUAUAUGCGGUGGUCGUGUCUCAUGAGGAGAAAGACUCAUCCGGACAUGAUUUAUCUCCAGCUGCUGUAAGCUACACAAGUGGCUUCUAUCAAAUACCAGUCAUAGGAAUCUCAUCGCGUGAUGCAGCGUUUUCGGAUAAGAACAUUCACGUAUCGUUUCUUAGGACGGUGCCACCUUACUAUCACCAAGCAGACGUGUGGCUUGAAAUGCUGAGUCACUUUGGAUACACGAAGGUGAUUAUCAUUCACAGUUCCGAUACCGAUGGACGUGCGAUAUUAGGUCGCUUUCAAACAACAUCACAAACAAACUACGAUGACGUCGAUGUCCGAGCAAAUGUUGAGUCAAUUGUUGAGUUUGAGCCAAAGCUUGAGAGCUUUGUUGAGCAUCUUGUGGAACUCAAAACGGCACAAUCUCGAGUUUACCUUUUAUAUGCCAAUAAAGAGGAUGCUACCGUCAUUUUUCGGGAUGCUGCCAUCUUCAAUAUGACAGAUGCAGGUCAUGUUUGGAUUGUUACAGAACAAGCUUUGUUCUCAAAUAAUACGCCAGUUGGAGCUUUGGGUCUAAAAUUAAACAAUGACAAUGAAACAGAGCAUAUCAGAGAUAGCGUCUACGUGCUGGCAUCUGCAUUAAAAGAGAUGAUGGUGAAUGAAACAAUUACAGAAGCGCCAAAAGAUUGCGAUGAUUCUGGAGUGUUUUGGGAAACAGGAAAGAAAUUGUUUCAUUAUUUAAAAUCUAGAAACAUUAAUGGAAAAACGGGUCGAGUGGCGUUUGAUGAUUCGGGUGAUCGAAUCAAUGCUGCAUACGAUGUUAUUAAUAUCGGAAAAAAGGGCGGCAUGAAAAUAGUUGGGAGCUUCUUCUACGACAAUGAGCGCGAGAAAAUGCGACUUAAAAUCAAUGACAGUGAGAUAAUUUGGCCAGGAAAAGUGAAAAAGAAACCCGAAGGAUUUUUUAUCCCGACUCACUUAAAGGUCUUAACGAUCGAAGAGAAGCCAUUUGUUUAUGUGAGAAAAUUAACAGAUGAUGAAAUCGAUUGUGAAGAGGAUGAGAUUCCGUGCCCACAUUUUAACGUAACGGAUGGAAACGAAAAGGAUUUUUGCUGUCGUGGAUAUUGCAUAGAUUUGCUUAAAGCACUAUCACAUCGCAUUAAUUUCACAUACGAUUUGGCAUUAUCGCCUGAUGGCCAAUUUGGUCAUUACAUACUCAAAAACCUCUCCAGCACAUUAGGAGUGAAGAAAGAAUGGACCGGAUUGAUUGGCGAGCUCGUUUCAGAACGAGCUGACUUGAUUGUUGCUCCUUUAACCAUUAACCCGGAACGAGCCGAAUUCAUUGAAUUCUCGAAACCUUUCAAGUACCAGGGCAUUACGAUCUUGGAAAAGAAACCGUCAAGAUCUUCGACUCUUGUGAGUUUCUUGCAACCUUUCAGCAAUACCCUGUGGAUUCUCGUUAUGGUUUCGGUUCAUGUUGUGGCUCUUGUCCUUUAUCUGCUGGAUAGAUUUUCACCUUUUGGUCGCUUUAAGUUGACAAACAAUGAUGGGACAGAAGAAGACGCUCUCAAUUUAAGUUCAGCCAUUUGGUUUGCUUGGGGUGUUUUACUUAACAGUGGAAUUGGUGAAGGUACACCGAGAAGUUUUUCAGCUCGUGUUCUUGGUAUGGUGUGGGCUGGCUUUGCAAUGAUUAUUGUUGCAUCUUAUACUGCUAACUUAGCCGCUUUUCUCGUCUUGGAGCGACCAAAGACAAAACUUUCAGGCAUAAAUGAUGCACGAUUACGUAACACUAUGGAGAACUUGACAUGCGGAACUGUCAAAGGAUCGGCUGUGGAUAUGUAUUUCAGACGUCAAGUUGAAUUGUCAAACAUGUAUAGAUCGAUGGAAACAAACAAUAAAGCGACAGCUGAACAAGCUAUACAAGAAGUCAAGAAUGGUGGACUAAUGGCCUUUAUUUGGGAUUCAUCACGUCUUGAAUAUGAAGCGGCCAAAGAUUGCGAACUUGUGACUGCGGGUGAAUUAUUUGGUCGAAGUGGAUAUGGGAUCGGCUUACAGAAAGGAAGCCCUUGGACAGAUGCUGUUACGUUGGCAAUUCUAGAUUUUCAUGAGAGUGGUUUCAUGGAAUCUCUCGAUAGAGAGUGGAUUUUCCAUGGCAAUGUUCAACAAUGUGAGCAAUUUGAGAAGACACCAAAUACGCUUGGUUUGAAGAACAUGGCUGGGGGGUUUAUACUUGUGGGCGCUGGAAUUGUUGGAGGGAUUGGUCUAAUAAUCAUAGAAGUUGUAUAUAAAAAGCACCAAAUAAAGAAACAAAAACGAUUGGAGAUUGCUAGACAUGCAGCAGACAAAUGGAGAGGAACAAUAGAGAAGAGAAAGCAUCUAAGACAGUCAAUGGCUAUGCAAAGGCAAUACAAUAUAGGACUUAAUUCAGUCACAAAAUCAAUUAGUCAGGUAGUCGAUAAGAAUCGAUAUCCCACCUUAACACAUCGAGGCCCAGAGAGAGCUUGGAAUACUGGAGCCCUAUCAGCACAAGAUCUUUCCGGUCGAAGAAAUGGUGAAGAGUUUAUCUUUAACAACCAGCGACACAAAAAGCCGCCGAAAUAUAAACCACCCAUUCCCACUUUUGCAUCAGAUGUGUCUCAUUUGGUUGUUUAACUCUUACUCAUACAUUCGACGGGUUUAAUUAGUGUUAUUCAUUUAAAUUGAAAUUAUUAUGUUAACCUUGUAACAACAAAAAUGGUGGAAACAAUGAAAAAGACAAAAAUAUUAUUAUUAGGCGUUAUUAUCAGUAGAAAGAGAAAAUUCACUUGGAAAACACAAAUAUGAAAAAAGGUG